UUCCUGCUGGUUGGAUAUCUCAUAAAGAACAGAAUCUGCACCUCUGACUCAGAGACGGGAGGGUCGCACAGAGGAUGAAACGGGAGUGCUGAACAUCACGAAGACCGAACCACUCAGGAGUGUAAUUCAUCUAAAAUACGGAUCAGGAGGAAAAUUCUGGACUAACCACAAAAUAUAUGCAAUUUGAUCAGACUGCAUGCUACAAUUCCAUUAGGUGUAUUUUUGUAACAGAACUGGGAUUGCACUGAGUCUUUUUUCCAGCUGAGGAUGGGAAAAGACGCUGGGCCGGAGGAGAGACCCAAGUGGGACAACAAGGCUCAGUAUCUGCUGACAUGUAUUGGCUUUGCAGUGGGAAUUGGAAAUGUGUGGCGAUUCCCUUACCUCUGCCAAAUCUACGGAGGAGGUGCAUUCCUCAUCCCUUACCUGAUAGCGCUGGUGUUUGAGGGCCUCCCCCUACUCUUCCUUGAGCUGGCUGUAGGACAGAGGCUCCGGAAGGGCAGCGUGGGUGUCUGGAAGACCAUCAAUCCCGUAAUCGGUGGAGUAGGCAUCGGCUGUUUGAUUGUAUCGUUUCUGGUGGGCGUUUUCUACAACACCAUUCUGGCCUGGGUGCUGUGGUACUUCUUCCACUCCUUUCAGGAACCCCUGCCGUGGAGCACCUGCCCACUAAAUGAAAGCCGCACAGACUACAAUUUGGAGUGUAAGAAAAGCACUCCAGUAAAUUACUUCUGGUACCGUGAAACCCUCAACAUCACACCUGACAUCGAGAUCAGCGGCUCCGUGGAGUGGGGGAUGGUGAUCUGUCUAGCCAGCGCCUGGUGCAUCGUCUACAUCUGCUUCAUCAAAGGCAUCGACUCCAUGGGAAAGGCUGUGUAUGUGACAUCUACCUUCCCUUACCUGGUGCUGACUAUUUUCCUGAUCCGUGCCCUCACUCUGCCUGGAGCUACUGAUGGACUGUUGUACCUCUUCACUCCUGACUGGCAAACCCUGAAGAACCCACGGGUGUGGUUGGACGCCGCCACGCAGAUCUUCUUCUCUCUUUCUGUGGCGUUUGGAGGUCUCAUAUCUUUCUCCAGUUACAAUGAAGAGAAAAACAACUGCGAGAGAGACGCUGUUCUGGUGGGAGUAAUAAACAGCGCCACAUCUCUCUACGCCUCCAUUCCAGUUUUCUCCAUCCUGGGGUUUAAAGCCACCACCGCCUUAAACGCCUGUAAAGACGAGAACAUCCUGGCUCUGACCAAUCACUUUGAGUUCUCAGACCAGAACAUAACCCUGCAGAACUACGAUUACUGGUAUGAAUAUCUAAAUACGACAUAUCCCGGGAAAUUCCAGAGUCUGUCCCUGAGGGAGUGUGAUCUACAAAAAUUACUUAAGCAGAGUGUUUCAGGUACUGGCCUGGCUUUUAUCGUGUUCACUGAAGCGGUGAUAUCAAUGCCGGGCUCGCAGGUAUGGGCCGUACUGUUCUUUGUCAUGCUCUUUAGUUUAGGUCUCUCCUCCAUGUUUGGUAACAUAGAGGGUGUCCUCUCACCCCUCAAUGAACUCAAACUAUUGCCCAGGUGGAUCCCCAAGGAACUCACAUCAGCAAUCAUCUGUUUGAUAUCCUUCUUGGUGGCACUCCUCUUCACCUUGAGCUCAGGCAACUACUGGGUGGAGGUGUUUAAUGGUUACGUGGGAUCCGUACCUCUGCUCAUCAUUGCUUUAUUUGAGAUUAUUGGAGUUAUUUACUUCCGUGGAAUGAAAACUUUCAGUGACGACAUCUAUAUCAUGACUGGGAAGAGGCCAAACAUCUUUUGGAAGGCGUGCUGGAUGGUGAUCAGUCCUUUACUGCUCCUGGUGGUGUUUGUUGCCUAUGUGAUUGUCCAGGCACAGACACGUCCCACCUAUCAAGCAUGGAACCCAGAUUAUGAAAAAUUCCCUGAAACCGAACAGAAGCUUUAUCCAGACUGGGUCUUUGCCAUAAUCAUCCUCCUCUGUGUGGUGCCUGUGAUUUCCAUUCCUCUGGUGGCUCUCUACCAGCUGCUUCGUGGCAGAUUCAGAAAGUCCUCGGUUGGGAUGGAGUUAAAUCCCUACGACAACGAUGCCUUCGUGACUGACACACAGGAACAGAAGACUCAAAGGGCUUAAGGACUGUGGAGAGUAAAUAUGCUGCCACACCGCAAAAAUCCAGAUGUUUAUCACUGCUUUUCAUCAAAAUUCACUAGAAUUUCAUACAGAUUCUGAUGUUUACUUGACAUAUGAAACCUUACAUUACUUCUCUUGAAAAUAAAACAGGAUUUAUUUAACAGUGACAUUCUUAAUUUUCAUUUUACAUAUUUUUACAUCAUAUCAAUACAUUCAAUAUAACAUUAUAUCCAUCACACAUCUUUCUUUCACUCCAAAUAUACGAAUCUGCACAGUUGAACAUAGUAAAAAAACAAACAACAAGAGGACACAGAACCUUCCAGGUUUGUUCAUUUCUGAACGACUUUAGCAUUACCUAAAGAACUGAGCAUACGUGAUGUAGCACAAAAGUAAAAAAUCCUUUGACGAAUGGCUCACAACUUCUGUGACGUAUGUCCUCACAUGCUCUUUAUGGAAAACUACUACAAAGUAUAAAUCAAAGUCCACAAAGACACACAGCUAUGGGAUGAGGCCUGCUCUAUUACAGUAGCUGCAUGACUUUCAAUUACCGAUCCUGACAGGUUGCUGUUGUUUGAUUGUGUGCGUUUAUGGCUGAGGUUUAGCACUUAAGUGUUUUACAGCACACGACUAAGUACUGUUUUUUUCCAGACAUGUUUCCCGACACUCUAGAUCCGAAAGAUGUCAUGUAUUGGUUUGGGGUUUUUUUUGGGGGGGGGGUGAUAUAUAUUGUUAAAACACUUACAACUUAAGAAUUAAACAAAGCAAAA